AUGUUAGGAAUUCGUAGUUAUUACAGAGUCCAAGAUUCAACACCACAAACAAUCAAAGAAGAUCCAGAGCUAGAUGAAGAUCUAGAAGAUAUAGAGAUAUGCGAUGAGAAUGAAUUCAACAAUGUGAUGAUAUUACAAGACUCAAAAUCACAAGAGAAGUUGAGAAUGCUACAUAGACUGAUUGUCAAAAGAGAUGGUCUGAAAAUUAGAUUACCUCAACAUUGGGAGAUGGAUCUGAUCUUCACUGAGAUUUUAACAAAGGAAAACUUUGGUCAUUAUGGGGAUGCUGAGUAUGAAAUCAUGUUGCCUUUUGAAAUAUUUAUGAUUGAGAACAUCCAUUAUAAAGGUCUUGUUAAAUUCAAGAAUAUCCUGAACCUGCCAAAUAAGAUCAGAGGAAUGUCGUUAACAAACAAAAAUGGCUUGAAGAAAACUACACAACUGAUAUCAACAACUAUAGCCUCAUAUGUCACAUGGCUUAUUGAUCUUUCUUUUAACACUCAUGAAGAGAAAAGAGCUUAUAUGAAGUUGUUUAAAUCUGAAUAUUUGGUGGUUACAAAAUCCGAAACUUGUUCAAAGUCAAGAAAUGGAACCAUGAAUGCUAUUAGUGACAAAAUUUUGAGCCAAAGUGAAAACCAUUUAAUUUAUCAUAUUGAUAUAAUUAACUCAACUGUUACUUUCUCAGUUAUUGAUGAGAAAAGGCUGUUCAAGUUGAUUAAAUUCAAUCUGAAGAGAGAUUUUCAAAGAGUUCAAAAAUUUCAAAACCAAAUUGAUAUUGAGUUCGCUUUGAAACUCACCAUGUUGAUUGAAAUGGCCAGAAAAGAAAUGAUUGAGCAAUUAUAA